AUGAAUCCUAGUGAAAUCGUUUGGCUCCAAUCAUUGGCUUUGCCCCCUUUGGAGACAUUAGAUUUGCAUGAUUGUAAUUUGACCAGCUCUAUUCUGUCUCGCCGAUAUGCCAAUUUUAGCUCACUUUCAUAUCUUGAUCUUGGUCUAAAGGAUUUUACAAAUGGAUUAGCUAAUUGGUUGUUCAAUCUUAGCAAAGAUCAUCUCUCUGAUUUUUCUCAGACAAUGCAAUUUGAGAGGUCGAAUGCCAGAUUUUUGAGGCUAUCGGAAUCUAAUGUGUGGGAGACCAAAUUAUAUGUUGCUGUGGAUAUAAACUCCGAAGAUUCUGCUGAAUUGGAAUACAAGAGUCAAGAUACCAGUGCCCCCAGAGACUAUCAUUUGACAGUCAUUCAAUUAUUGGCUUCUCUAUCCCUUGAGGAAUUAGUUCUAGUUGACUGUCAUUUGACCAGCUUCAGUGUUCCUUCUGUUAAGGAUGAUGUCAAUUUCAGCUCACUUUCUGGGUCUUUGAAUGAUUGGUUCAUCACUCAAACAAUACCUGCUGGUCUACCAUUAUCAGAUGACUUUGCAAUCCCAUUUAAACUCAGAAGAGAAAUACGAGGGGAAAUAGGAGAAAUGAAAGACCUAGAGUAUCUUGAUUUCUCCCAUAGUAGUCUUCAAGGGAAUAUUCCUCAAAGCAUGUCUAGUUUGUCUUUUCUAGGUGUUUUGAAUUUGUCAUAUAACAAAUUUAUGGGACAAUUUCCACUGGGGACUCAACUUCAAAAUUUUGAUGCAUUGAGUUACAUAGGAAAUCCUAAGCUUUGUGGACCUCCUCUUCAAAAGAACUGCACAACAGAAGAAAAGGCAGAUAAUACAAAGCAUGUUGAAGAAAAUGAGGAUGAUGCUUUUUUGAAAUCAUUGUAUCUUGGUCUGGGAAUUGGCUUUACUGUGGGAUUCUGGGUAGUCUGUGGUUCUCUGUUCCUGAACAAAGCAUGA